GGGAGAGCUCGAGCUGAGCGCACACACGCUUCCUCGCGGCGGGCGCUCUGCUUUCCAGGACCUGCCGUCCGCUGUGGAGCACCUGGACAGGGCCCGGGCAGCAGAGGGGCAGCUGCUGAACCUGCCCUGCUCGGAGCGCGACCUGGGGCUGGACGCCCACGUGGCCGCGUGCCUCCUGAGUUACUUUCUGUUUUCUGCUGCUGCAGGGGGAGAGGCACACGCAGCCUCCUUUGGGCACUGCUGCCCAGAAACACGGCACGCUCACGACUCUGGAUUCGCGCUGGUGCCCUCGUUUCCUCCCUGGGAUGGGCCUCGCAGCGACGGGCUGCAGCACAGGCGUGGCCCUGCUCCAGGUGCAGGAAGGAGGAUAAGGCAGGGCCGUGAGGCGGGCUCACCUGGACCUCUCCCAUGGGCCUCUCCCGACACCGACCCCCCCGAGCGUCUCCUCUGCCCGGCUGGAGCCUCCCGCGCGACCACCGAGAAUGAGCGGCGAUGUGCUCUAGCCUCCCCUAGCAGCGUCUCGCUCUCCCUGGCGCACAGCAGCUGACUGGGCUUGGGGUUUCUCGGAUAAGUAGCAACACCAGUGGUCAGCGAUGACCGUCCAGAGACUCGUGGCCGUGGCUGUGCUGGUGGCCCUGGUCUCACUCAUCCUCAACAACGCAGCAGCCUUCACCCCCAACUGGGUGUACCAGACGCUGGAGGACGGGCGGAAGCGCAGCGUGGGGCUGUGGAGGUCCUGCUGGCUGCCGGACAGGGGCCGGGGAGGGCCGGGCCCUGGGGCCAGGGCUGGCCCGGCAGACACACGGGACUGCGAGGCGCUGGGCUGGGGCUCCGAGCUGGCCGGCUUCCAGGAGUCCCGAGGCACCGUCAAAUUGCAGUUCGACAUGAUGCGCGCCUGCAACCUGGUUGCCACGGCGGCACUUGCCGCAGGCCAGCUGACCUUCGUGCUGGGGCUCGCAGGCCUGCCCCUGGGGUCGCCUGACGCCCAGUGCUGGGAGGAGGCCAUGGCUGCUGCGUUCCAGCUGGCGAGUUUUGUCCUGGUCAUUGGGCUGGUGACUUUCUACAGAAUCGGCCCGUAUACCAAUCUCUCCUGGUCUUGCUACCUGAACAUUGGUGCCUGCCUUCUGGCCACCCUGGCAGCAGCCAUGCUCAUCUGGAACAUUCUGCACAGGAGAGAGGACUGCAUGGCACCCAGGGUGAUCGUCAUCAGCCGCUCCCUCACAGCGAGGUUCCGCCGAGGGCUGGACAACGACUACGUGGAGUCACCAUGCUGAGGCCCCUCCUCGGGCUCUCUGUGAAGAUGCACUGUCACGGGGAGUCUAGCAGCUGGGGGACUCUGCCAAGUCACUGUCUCUGCUUGUGCAGAGGCACAUGCCAAGUGUGGGUUCCCCAUGUACACACAUGUACGAUACACAUGUACCUUUACUGUGUUAUAUAUAAAUAUAUAUAUAUACAUAAAAUAUGUCUAUACAUGAUGUGCACCGUGACCUUCCCGGGUCGGCACACGUGGCUUCACACGCACGCACGUAUUGAGGGUGGAAGCCAGAAUCUGAGGCGCAGAGCAGGAGUGCAUGGCCGCCCCGCUUCCCUCCGUGGUUGGGAUUAAUUUAUUCUGCGUCUGCUGGCAGGGGCAUCCCUGGUCACAGUUUACUUGGGUAAAGUAGAAGACCCAGGCAGAUUUUCUUGAAAUAUCCAUGAUAUUCCCUGAGUGAGUCAGAAUUAUAACCAGAGUGUACGGUUCCAUGACAGAAGCAUGUCAGUAGUGUACGUCUUGCUCCCGAUUGUUUUUCUUUUUCUAAGUUAAAAUAAAUGCAAACUUCUUAA